CAAGGAUGUACUUGAAACAUCGAAGUCGCUUGAGCAUGCCCCAAAGUAGGGGGCCAACGAUGAAACCUUGAACCCGGGCACGGGAUUCAAACCCCAUGGGGAUUCCCCAGAUUUUCCGGCCCCUUAGGGUCAAAUCGGUCGCUCCUCCGCCCCUAAUUCGAACCCUGUUAGGAAGGCAAGAAUGAUGAUCGCUCCUAGUUGCGUUUCUCAUGGCUCUGAACAAACGAAAUCCAAUUUCCCGCCAAUGACAUUUUGCACUGCCUCCAAAAAGCCGUUGGUAUCGACAUGGGAGGAAAGAGUACUAUAAGAAUGGCAACAACAGGCGGCUUCUUCUCAGGUCUCACACCAGAGCAGACCUGCCAUCACCACAAGAACAACCCCGUCAAGCCCUUUCCAAACCUCCUCAAAAUGAAGUCUGUUACUAUUUUGGCCAUGUCCCUUGCGGGCGCAGCUGUAGGCGUUUCUGGUGCGGCGACGACCACAUUCCCGGAGGCGACCGGCGAGACUGCCCUCCCUACCCCCAUGCUCGUUUCCGGCGCGUUCGACGGAGGCAUGAAGCGGUACAACCGAGACCCCGACACCUGCGAGAACCAGACGGAGACGGGUGAAGACGCGGCCAUGUUUAUCGUCGAGGACGGAGGAAGCAUCUCCAACGUCGUCAUUGGCAAGGCUCAGGGUGAAGGUAUUCACUGCCGGGGUGCUUGCACCCUGACCAACGUGUGGUGGGAGGCUGUCUGCGAAGACGCCGCCACGUUCAAGCAGGCCGAAGGCAACUCCUACGUCAUCGGCGGCGGAGCUCGUGGUGCCUCGGACAAGGUCUUCCAGUUCAACGGCCGCGGAACUGUGUCGAUCGAGGAUUUUUAUGCCGAGGAUUAUGGCAAGGUUGUCCGGAGCUGCGGUGACUGCACGGACAAUGGAGGACCUCGCAAUGUGGUCAUUGACGGCAUGGUCGCCAAAGACGGUGGACCACUGUGCGGUAUCAACACCAACUUCGGCGAUACCUGCAGAAUCUCGAACUCGUGCCAAACUGACGGCAAGUCGUGCGACAGGUACGAGGGCGUCGAGAAAGGAGAGGGUGACACGGAGAAGAUCGGGAGUGGCCCGGACGAUAUUUCCUGCUUCGUGACCGCGCUCACGGAGACGUGCUAA